AUGAAAUCGCACCGGGCUUCGAAGGAGAGGGUGGCCCUAUCGCAGACGGCGAACUUCAAUGCCAGGCCGCCAAAGCUGGCAGAGUACUGCUUCUCUGCCAAAGCGGCGCAGCGGCCCAUGGACCUUGCCUCGCCGCCAGCCGGGGCCCCCGAAAAGCCCUGCGAUCCCUUCUGCGUCGACCCUGCGUAG